UUUGCCGUAUCAGUACCUAUAUCUGCUGUACGUCUGUAUCACUGUUCACUGAUUGUUUUCGACUUUCCGUGUCUUAUUUGCAGCUGGUCUGACGGUCGCGUCAGAUGUGUUUUUUUUCUCGCGGUCAUCGUUAUUUAUUAUUAUUUUUAUUACUUAUUUAAUUAUAGGCUGACCCCUCUGACGUUAUCGUUUUUAUUGCUGUGCCUGACGCCUGUAGUCGCUGUUAAAGUCUAACCCGUUUUCGACCUUUUCCGGCGAUCGUCUGCACGGAUUUUCCGUCCUCAGCCGUUCCAAUCAAGUUUUCGUCCAUUAAAAUUUCCUCGUAAAUUGCCCCAGGCACGAUCGAUGCAGUGUAUAGAGUAAUAUGCCUUUUGCUGAUCGUCGGGAUCGUAACAAGUCAAAGUUGAGCGAUCGCAUUCGCGGCAAGUCCACGGACGAAAUUCUGGAAGAAAUCAACCGAGAGUUCGGCAACACCGGCGGGAAUAGCAUGUUUUUUGACAAAUCUGACUCCAGAACUUCUCCUCAAAGGGAAGAAUUUCCAUUUGAUGAUGACAUGCUAAGAGGUCAUUUGAGUGUCCGUUCACAUUUAGAAGAUUUAGCUAAAAGACAUCCAGAUCUCGCGGGUCAUUUGCGUUGUCCGCCUUGGGGAGGUGAACCUAGCUCAAAGAGUUGGAACCGUAAACGCACUGUGUCUGGAGAAGAUAACUCACCUGAGGGACCAUCAGAUCUCAAUCACAAUUACAGCGAGCGCACUGAAUCUAGUCCUGAUAAAAAACGAUUUGAAGAAAACAUGGAUAAGCAACAACAGCAUCCGUUUGAAAAUAAUUCAAGAUCUCAGGAAAAUGAUGAUAAACCUCAAAGAUUUGUAUCUAAACUAGAAUUUACACCAGUAAACCCUAUUAAUAAUCAAUCUGAAAAUACUCAACCACAAAUGCAACCUCAAACUGAUGCAUCUACACCAUCCCAUGGAACACAAAAACAACCUAAUGUGCGACACAUUCCAAUUUAUGUGGAAGGCCGCUCUGAACCAGUGUAUCCAAAGAAUGUUGAUCAAAAAUGUAAUGAAAAUAACAGUUCAACUUUGCCAAAACGAUCUGCUGGUAAACAGACUCCAUUUGCACAACAUCAUUCCUUCCAUGACCAAAAUACUGCACAACGCCGUCAAACUCCUCCUUCCCAACAUCGUCAGCAAACUCCUCCGCAUGAAACGAGAUCCACCCCUCCACCCACUCCGCGCCAACAAGUAAAACCAGUAGAUGCUUUGGAAAAAGUGCAAAUCGUUCAAGCUGAUGUUGAAGAAUUAGCUGUAGCUGUUAAUCAAUUUUCCGGUUCUUUGCGUACCGAUAAGCAAUAUAUUUAUUUGGAUGAGAUGCUUACAAGAAAUUUGAUUAAGUUAGAUACCAUUGAAACUGAAGGAAGAGACGAUGUACGUAUGGCUAGAAAAAAAGCAAUUAAAACUAUCCAGGAUACAAUUUCCAUCUUAGAAAUCAAAGCACCUCAACCCCAAGAAGAAUUGACAGUUGAUGAAUCAUCUGGAAAUUCAACUGAAACUACACAAGUUGAAAAUGAGACUUCAGACACUGAAAAAGUAGAAAGCAAUAAUUAAAAUUUUUAAAAAAUGUCAAAACUAUACCAGUGUAGUUUGAUACAAAAUAUGGUUUAUUAUUAUAAUUUAUGUUGUUUGUGUUUAACAAAAUAUUCUAAAACUAUUGUUCCAAUAUUUCAUUUACAUUUAAGAUUGUCCAUUGUCUGUUCAUACAUUUUUUUUUAAACUUUAGUUGUUUUAGGAUUCUGUCAUAAUAUUAAUUCAGUGUGAAGACUGGUUAUACUGAAAAUUAAUGUGCUUAUGUAUCCAAAUUGUCUUAAAAAAUUAUAUUUAGUUGAAGAAAUCAUAUUUUUAAAAUUACACUUUAAACAAGUUUUUAUUUGUUUAUUUUAAAAACAUAUUAUAAUAAUAUAAUAAUAAUAAAAGAUUGUAUAAAAUUAUUUUGUCUUAUAUGUAUUUUUUAAGAUAGUGAUGUGAUCUAUAUAAUAUAUGUGUGCGUGUGAAAUAUGUCAUACAGUGUCAAAUGAUUUAUUUUAAACCAUGGAACAUUUUUUUACUAACUUACAUAAUGUGAUAGUACAUAA